AUGAUUCCAACUGAUGACUCCUUUAUUUCUGACAAUGAAGAAGAAUAUUGUCCAUUGUGUGUUGAGGAAAUGGAUAUUUCCGACAAGAACUUCAAACCUUGUCCCUGUGGAUAUCAAAUCUGUCAGUUUUGUUAUAAUAACAUCAAACAGAACCCUGAACUUAACGGCAGAUGUCCUGGGUGCAGACGAUUAUACGAUGAUGCCAGCGUGGAAUACAAAACCAUAAGUGCAGAAGAGUAUAGAUUGCAACAACUAAAGAAGGAGAAACGUGAGCGAGAAAAGAAGCAAAGAGAAAAGGAAAAGAAGGAAACCGAAAUGGCCAAUAAGAAACAUUUGGCUGGAUUGAGAGUAGUUCAGAAAAAUUUGGUUUAUGUGACUGGAUUGAAUCCUCCUUGUAAUCCAGAAGAUUUGCAUUCCGUGUUGAGAUCAGAAAAGUAUUUCGGUCAAUAUGGUAAGAUCUCCAAGAUCGUUAUAAAUAAAAAGACUCCUAAUCCAGCUAAUGCUCACCAUCACCAUCAUCCAAAUCCAGGCAUCGUUGUUUAUGUCACCUUCGCCAGAAAGGAAGACGCAUUGACUUGUAUUAACGAAUUAGAUGGAUCUUUAUGUGAUGGAAGAGUAUUGAGAGCUGCCCAUGGUACUACCAAAUAUUGUUCAUCUUACUUGAGAGGUCAUCCAUGUCCAAAUCCAAAUUGUAUGUUCUUGCAUGAACCUGGAGAAGAAGCUGAUUCAUACACAAGAAAGGAUUUGUCCACUCAACAAGGUAUUAAGAUUGGCAUGAUGGGAUUAAUGGGAAGUUCAAGACAGGCUAAUAUCGGUGGGCAUGCAACUGGCCAAACUGCUGCUACCAGUAGUAGUCACUUUAAUGGCCAUGAUGAAGACCAUCAUAGUUCUCCUUCAGACGAGGAUCACGAUCAUCCAAAGAGUGUUUUACCUGCAACUGCUCUGUGGGCUAAGGAAGCAACUGCAUCUGCUGGUAAUUCUCCAUCUUUGAAUAAUAGCAUCCCAGUGGCCAACCCAGCAGCAUUCCCAACAUUGGGUGAAAUCUUUAAACAACAACAGCAGCAGCAACAACAACAGCCUCAACAAAGAAAAGAUGUUAAAGCCAGGGGUAAAGUUGCCAAAUCUCCUAGAGACAACUUAUCACCUGCUGAUGAUCUUGAAGAUGAUUCUGCAAUUCAAUUUGUUGAGCAAGCAGCUGAACAAUUGAGAAGUUUGAAAGAUAGAACUGAAAAUUUACAAAUUCAAUUCAAACAAGUUUCCAACAAGUCCACUGGCAAGAUUUUACCAUUGUUUUCAUUUAAUCGGAAUGUUGAAUAUGAUAAUGAUAGUAAAUUUGAAGACGAGAAGUUAAUUGCUAGACAAGUUAUUGAACGUUUUCUUUUAAGACCUAUUAAGAAUUAUCAUUUAGCAUACCAAAACCAUCCAAUUGCUCAACAACAAUCUUUAUUGCAAAGACAACAACAGCAACAACAAGUUCAACAACAACAACAACAACAACAAGCUGCCCAAGCACAAACUCCAAAUUUGCAAUUACAACAAUUACAACAAAAGGGUCAAGGUGACAACAACUUGGUUGAACAACAAAAACAAGUUCAACAACAAAUGUUGCUUUUACAAUUGCAACAACAGCAACUUCAGCAACAACAAAAGCAACAGCAAUUGAAUAUGUUACGAGUUAAUGAACGUGGUAAUACCUCAACCCCACCUCCACCAGGAUUAUUUGCUGGUAAUGGUGCCAAACCAAAUCAAGUUCAACAACCACAAUAUAAUGAUGUUGCUGCCACUAGUAUCCAAUCUUCUAGUUCGCAAUUGUUGACUCAAUUAAUGAGUGGUAAGAGAUAA